AUGUCUACUUCAGUGCGCCGUGUACGGACCGGUGUCGUUUCUGAGGGCGACAAGUCCAAGCGAGAAGAAGGGGUCCCGGAGGAAAAGACACAGGAGCCAGACAUGAGCAAGAAGGUCAGAGAAGAGGUACCCUCUCCUGUCAAGGAGAAAGAGGCGUUCAACUCGUUCAAAGCCCACUCCAUGUCAAUGGAUUACAACCUCCCUGGGGGCCAUGUGACCCAGGCGUGGAAGCUGUUCAAGCGCUACGAUGCCAACGAUGAUGAUCUUCUUUCUCCGUAUGAGUUCCAGCUACUACUGCGCACAGUGCUCCGGGAGCGCUACCCACGAGCGAAGGAUGUGCCGCGUGAGCUCUUCAAGGAGCUGCAAAGAGACCACGAUAGACUGCGUGAGGAAGCCAUCGAAAUUCAGCAGACACAGAUCUCAGUGACCUUCGAAGACUUCCUUACAUGGAUCACGCGGAAUGCUUUCCAGGAAUGUUUGCUGCUCACCGAUGAGCAACGAUUCAUUCGACUGGUGGCUCGACGGUUCUACGUGUCUGUGCCGGACGUCGAGAAGGCGGUGAAGCGGCGCUUUGAUAGCUUCUGCCAGGCCAACCCGGGCCAUCUCGAGUACCAAGAGUUUUGCCAGCUUAUCGCACUGCUGCUCAACCUGCGCGACACGACGGCUCUGCCAGAGAGCCGGGUGAAGUCGUUCUGGCGCGAGCUCGACGACAACGGCAAAGGCUCCGUGGACUUCACGGAGUUCAUUCCGUGGUACUUGGGUUACUUCGGCAAUGGCCCUGGACUGGAAGUCUUCCAAGACCCAAGACCCCAGCAAAUGCAGAGUGGCAUAGACUUGAAGGAGGACAGCGUGGCCGUAGCGGUCGCUCACACGACGUCCCUGGGACGGCGGGCCCAUGAGUCCAACCGUCGGGUCAGCGUCCACGAGCGAAUCGUCAACUUGUACGGACAGCUGUUGCCUGGGCGACCGGCCGACGAUGCACCGGCGGGCGGUUGGCCAGGCACGGGACGUUUCGUGAGUGCUAACGAGGCGGCAGAGGACACCCGCAGCGCCAGAUUUCGGUGGUUUGAAGCUGGUUUGGCCUCGUUGGCUCGCGCUGUGCCUUCGUCUUGCUCUCUGGCUCUCCCGACGCGCAUCGGCUGCGGGCUGGCGGGUGGACGCUGGCCACAGUACCUGGCAGCGCUGAAGCGCUUCUGCGAGGAGAAUCGCAAUCUCUCCGUUGUGCUCUAUGACAUCGAGGGGUCAGAAGCGACGGGCUAUGAGGCGGCCCCGGCCGCUGCGGCUGCUCCAUCGGUACCGAGACCGAGGGCGACCCCAGUGGGGAGCAGCGGCACUUCGGCAUUCUGGAGUUCCGCCACCUUCGAAGUGCUUCGCGACGGGCAAUGGACACCGUAUCCGCAGGCUCGCCAGGAGGAGCUGCGAGCUGCGCUCCUCCGCGAGGAUGACUGUCUGGAGGUCUUGGUGGAUGCGGAGCGGCGCACGGCGCUGACAACACUCCAGGAGCUUGGCGCGUGCCCGAGGUCCCUUGGAGGUGGUGUCGAGUCAUCAGCCGCCAGCCUUGUCGUGCGCUGGGACGACGGCGAGGGGCCCGUGGAGGUGAACUUGGCUUCCAUCGUGUCCCUCGCUGCUCUCAGCGAGGAGCGAAGCCCCAAGGGCACCACACGCGUGCGUUUGCACCUGCCGGCCGUCCGUGAAGGUGAGCUCCGUUUGCCUGCCGACCUGGAUCACUCCACGGCGCCGGAGGCUCAAAGUUGCGGCCGCCGCAUCGACCCCGCCGAGCUGCCGCAGCAGUCGUCCGGCUGCCGCAUUUGCUUGGGCGAUUUCUCUCAUUCAAAGCGGCCGAGUGCUUCCCAGCAGGUCAUUGAGCUGUUCUGCGGCCACGCCUUCCACGAAGCCUGCCUCAACCGCUGGUUUGAAGAAAGCAGGCGAUGCCCAACCUGCAAGCGUCGCUUUGGUCACCUCGUGGGAAACCAGCCUGGGGUGGGUUCCAUGUCCUGGCGGCUCGAUAGCCGGCUUCGGCUUGCCGGGCAUCCCGACAGCUUCACGAUCGUCAUGAACUUCCGCUUCCCUGGUGGAAGAGAUGCGAAGGGUGAGCCAUUUGCUGGACGGAGUCAGCAGGCUUUUCUUCCGCACGACGAGCAGGGGAAGCUGUUGCUGGCCCUCUUUCAACUCGCCUUCAGGCGGCGCGUGAUGUUUGACCUGCGAGUGUCUGCUACGGACGAGAAGUACUGGCCGGCGUUCAACAUCCACUUGAAGACAGCCCUCUCUGGGGGUCCGGAACGUUUUGGCUUUCCAGACGAAAGCUACAGCCAGCGUGUGCUGGAGGAGCUCCGACAGAAUGGCGUGACCGUGGCCGAGCUCUGA